AUGGGCUCAAGUGACUUCAGUGGUGCCGAUGUCGGCGAAAGACCCCGGCGCCGAAAGACCAUGGGCACCGUAACCGAACCUUUUGCAUAUUUGUUCUGGUUCUUGGCAGCGAUUUGCAUUCCUCUCGGAGAAACCCAGAUCUGGCAACAGGACCAAGCCGAAGUUCACCAGGAUGAUUUUGUGCUUCCGGAGCUGCGGCUGCUACAAGUCUCGAAGAGUGUACAUCGAAGUCCUAUUGAAUCGAGACCAGAACUCUGGAAGAGAGCAUCGAGUUGGAACAACCUGAGCGACAUUCUACGAGACGAGCCAGCAGGUGCCUUUCAUUCACACCUGGAUGUGCUGGCCCAGGCUAUUGGCAUUCUUUACGAGUCGGCGCCCCCGCAAGGAAGAACUGGCGCCAACACGACCUCAAACCUCAUGGGUUCGGACAGCCACUGGGAGCACCUGGUGCACUUUGAUCGUGCUCCUGUGCCGGGCGGCGUUUUCGCACGCGCAUGGAGGGAGGUAGGACGCUCUCAGAUUCUGGUGGCCUACAAGGGUGUGUGCACUGAUCCAAAGGUUGAGCAGUGCAAGAUCGAUCUUUGCUUCUUGGGUCAAUAUGCCUGGCUUUGCUUAAGGAACUACGGCUCAGUGUCUGCCAACGUCUCAAGGCUCAUGGGUUUUGACGUGAAGACUUGUUCCAAGUAUCAAGCUCUUCUCAAUUUCACAGAUCAGGCGAUGGCCUUGGUUCAGGACCUGCAAAAGGCAUAUCCCAGGGACCAGUUCAUCCUGACGGGACACUCUCUUGGGGGCAUGCUGGCGAUCCUCACUGCUGGCGAUCCUCGCGUCACACGUGGAGACGCGGUCGCGUUGGCCUUUGCACCCACACCCUGGCGGAAAGUGGCACAGUUGCAGGGAGAGGCAGACGGCUUGGUGGCGCUUUGUGAUCCUUAUGACUGCGGCAUCAACAGCUUCUUCGUGCCUGGAGCAAGACUGGCGGCCAGCACUUGCCUCUUUUUGCACCAGGAAGAACCAAAACCUUGCCAGGGCUUACCCGAGCCCUACGAGACCAGCAGAUGGCGAGACGAGCUUCUUCGCGCACGCCCAGGUGAUCCGUUGGUCCCACUGCUGUUGUGUAAGGGUAGCGCACACCGCUGGGCGCACUACAAAGCCCUACUCAGCGCGACUGAUAGCGCGAGGUCGAACCUUCCUGUAUGCAGCCGUGACUUCAGCGUGCUACAGACGCGGCUGAGCACCGGCUGA